AUGGAUUCCUCCUCCUCCUCCUCUACGGCGGGUUUGGGGGCGGUGGACCCGCAGUUGCAGCAUUUCAUUGAGGUGGAGACGCAGAAGCAGCGCUUCCAGCAGCUGGUGCAUCAGAUGACUGAACUUUGUUGGGUUCCUCUGGCCGAGCCGGAAGGGAGAUGGGUGACUCCAUUUCUGAGGGGACUGUCACUCCGGACCUCGGCUUUGUCGGUGCAGAGGACUGAGGAUCGAAGACUGUCGCUGUCCCACUCAACACUUUCAGGCAACUGAGGUUGAAUCUACCCAGUGCUGAUCGCCAAGACUUACCAGAGCCCCCCGUACUGGAAUCUUGUUUUGGGGAGCUGGAUUCCCAGAGAGUCCGUGAAUUUGCUGUUCCUAGACUUCUCGGGUUUGACCUUGUUACCUAGUUGUUCUAACCCUCCCCGGUGAGAAAUGAGUGAAUCUAACCCACUGACUAUUAAAGUGGCAUAAUCUCUUCCAACAUACACACUUAUUUGCCUUUUUGUUGGCUUGUUGUGUAACACCAAGCCGUUUCAGAUCUGAAGGUUGAAGAAUUGAGUCUGCCCUACCCGGGGACUUUGGCAAAAGAGUGGAAGGCAUUUGCAGCUUGAGAUCAAAGUGUUCUGGUUGCCAAGGACAGCAUGCUGCCCUCCCUUGACAUACACAAUUCACAGAAUUCAGAGGCCAAAGAUAAUUCUCCUUGAAAUUAGAGGGUCUGAGGCUUGUGUACACAGCAGAUAAUAAUGAACAAAAUUUUCAGGCCACUUAACUUGAACUAUAAACAGUCAUCAGUUUUCAUAGUCCCCUUUCCAUAAAUUUAUGGUAUUGCUGGACCAUGACAUUUACCAAAUGCUUAGUUAACUCUAGUCUGCCCUGGACCAGAGUGCUUUGUUUCUUUAAAACAUUUAAAAAAAUAAAUAAAUAAAAACUGUUACUUUUGGGCUGGGAAGAGGCAUCCUUUAAUAAUUUGUAAAGCAUGAGCUCUUUUGGUAGGUUUUAGGGUGUCUUGCUAUAAUGAUUUAUCCUUCCACUCUUUUAUUCUGCAGUUAAUUUAAAGACAUUCCGUGCAAACAGCAGUGUGGAGUUACAACCAAACUCAGCAAAAGGUUACUUCACUUGUAUUUUGCCAUUUUUCUUGCUCUGUAUUAUCUCUGCUCUACUGUUUUCUGACUUUGGGCUAAAGGUUUCUGUGCCACAGUUUCCCUCUUUGUAAAAUGAGGAUUUGUAAUAGUAUCUAUUCCAUAGAUUUGUUGUAUUUAGUAUAAGGAUGGAGAAAAUUGUUCCACACUUGGUAAGCUGCCAAAUGUGAACUAUUAUUAACAUAUCAGAUACAAUGUUUACACGAAGUUCUUCCUCUGAGCAACACGAAGUGACUUCCACC